AUGAGAAAACUAAUCAUUGAUACUGAUUGUGGUGUUGACGAUGCUACCGCUAUUUUACUUACUAUCAUGUCAAAAAAAGUUGAUUUAGUAGCGAUUACUUGUGUUGUUGGAAAUACUACUCUUGAUCAUGUAUUAAAUAAUGUUGGAAGAGUACUUGAGUGUUGUGGAAGAACAGACAUUCCAUUUUAUGCUGGUGCGAAAGACAAUUUACUUCAUGUAGAAGUAGAAAGAUUUGUUGGUCAUGGUCAAGAUGGUUUUGGAAAUGCUGAAGUUCCAAACACAAAAUUAAAGCCAGCUAGUAACCGUCAUGCAGCACUUGAAAUUAUUGACUUAGCAAAGAAUCACAAUUGGUCCAUUAACAAAUAUUGCUCUUGCUGUGUCAAUUGA